UUAAUUUAAUUUUGAAAAAUUUCAAAGAAAAGAAAAUUAUUAUUUUGUUUCUAAGUGUAUGGUGUGUUGAUUUCUUUUUCAUAUAGAAAAAAACGGAAAGAAACAAAUAUAAAUAAAUAAACGAGAACAACAACGAUAUUCAGAGAUUUAACAAAUGUGUGCGUUUGAACAUUCGAAUAUAUAGUGUACCAUGUAAAAUACAAAGAUAGAUACCACAUGAAGUUUUUUUUGUUUAGUCGUUCAUUUAUUCAAUUCAAAUAUAUGCUCUUUACAUAAGCCAGUGGAAUAAGAAGUGAUUACAACGGCUGUUGCAGCGAUCAUUACCGCUUUUUUCUGUGUAUUACUUGUGGGUUAAAUGGUGUUGUUGUUGUUGCUAUUAUUGGUAAUAACCAUCAAUACAGUCGAGACGAUCGAUUGCAUUGCAAACACACACAUUUUUUUUUCGUUCGCCAAGUUAUAGAUGAUCCAAAUGCAUAUGUUGAUGAUACAUAUGAAAUGCGAAUCGAAUGAGAUACAAGAACGGAAACAAGCAGCAACAUCCUAGGCAACAUCAAGCCGAAAAAAUUGACCCAACAAAAAAUACCGAAACGAAGAAAGAGAUAGAGAAAAAAGGGGAAAAAGAGACUGUCUGUGGUGAUCAUGCAAAAAUCGAAUAACAUAAACAGCAAGCAGAAAAUCAAGCAUAUUUAAAAAAUAAAUAAAUAGACCAAACGUCAAACAAUUGAUUUGCAAAACAACAAAGAAACAAACUUCCCAUUUGAUGGACAUAAACCGACACAACCGAUGAUGACAGUGACAUGUGCUAACGAAAGAUUCAUUAUCGAUCGCUCAGCGUAUUCAAAAUAUUUUUCAACUGAACGAAACAUUUAAAACGCAACGAUAUCAGUGCGCUCUCAAUGAAAAUUGCAAGCAUUUCAAAAGUGCCAGAGUAAAACAAAAGCAACAAAUUCAAUCGAAAAAGAGAAAGAAAAAAAAAAAACGAAUCGGAAUUAGUGGUAGUGCUGAAUUUUUGUGUUCAAGUGCUCGACAUAGAAAAUAGUGCAAUUCGUUGCAUCGCGCAUUGAAUUUUAGAGUGAGAAAAAAGUAAAAAAAGAAAGUCAUACGACUACGACGACAACGACGACAAAAUAAAUAAAAAAGAAUGAAAGAAUCGAAGAAAUAAAGAAUAUACAUACACACACAUAUGAAUACAUAUAUAUGAAGAGUUCGUAAUAGUUUCUGUUCAAAUCAAAUGAAGACCGGAAAUUAACGAGAGUAGAAAGAACGAUUACUACGACGACACAUGCAAAAUAGCAAACUGUGCCGCAUACAAUAGAGAAGAAAAGAAAGAAAAAAAUAAUAAUAAUAAUAUUAUUCGUGUUAAACAGAAUAUGAAGUGUUUUCUUGCACGUGGAAUAAAUGGUUACAUAUUAUUUGGAUUACACGUAGUUUGGAUUACGACAAAGAAAACGACUGAACAUUUUGUGAACUAUCAGCCGCUGUUUCAAUUAAAAAUAAAGCGCUUACCAUGACGAAUUUUCAACUAGGAUAACAAUUAGAAUAAUCAAAAAUCGAAUUGAAAUUCACAAUUUAAGCAGAAAAACGAAAUCGAAUUAAAUCAAAGAACACAAAUAAAAAACGACGAAAAAUUGCGAAAAACGGUUUCGCUAAAUUAACUUUGAACCGAAUUAAAACAUAACGAUAAAAAAUUUGGGGCACAUCGGACACUGACUGACGCACGGAAAUUUCUAUUUAUUUUCGUUUAUUUCGGUCAACUUAUAUAGACUCGGUCAAUAAAUAUUAGACUCACACAUUUAUCAAAAAUGAUAGAUUUUUUGGUAUGGUGAUUUCCAUUAGCAUGGUAAAUACCAUAAAAUGGUAAAUUCCAUAAAAUGGCAAAGCAUCAUUCAAAUCCACCACCAAGACCACCAAAACCACCAAAAUCGAAUUCGAUACGAAUGUCAGAGCCGCCAAUGUCAGAGCCGCAAGCAUCAAAAGAAGCUGAAACUGAAACGACCCUUCCGCCUUUACAACCGAGACAAGUUCAUCAAAUACCUCCACCAUUGCCACCAGUGACGCAACAAGUAGGAACAUUCGCAGUAUUCUCAGGACAACAUACACAUUCUCUUUCACCUCCGUUGGCACAGCAACCAAUUCAGCACGAUCAAACGCAAAUAAACACCAACAGAUUUCAAACAACAACGCUCCCUAUCACAGUACCACUAACAUCGACGAGUUUUUCCAGGCGGAGACCGCCACCGCCUGGUUCAGCGUUGCCCAUAAUAUCAUCACUUACAUCAUCAACAUUAUCAAACCAGUCAAAUAAUAGUCAACCAUUGGAUACGCAAAUAUCUCCAGUCACACUGGCGGCGCCGAGACCCGAAACAGAGCGGCUCGCAAACGAGUAUGUGGAAACGCCUAUCCGAACACCAAAAUUGGUGUCACGACUUCAGCAUGCCGGAGUACAUUCGACGCAUCGAGACUCAGCGGUUGUUUCAACUCAUCAAACCACGCAUAAUAAUCGGAAUGGCGAUCGAACGGCAAUUAAUAGCGGUGACAAGCAUCCAGCAAAUACGAUUGCAUCGGUAACAACGGGUCAGUUGACCGAUGUGAAAACGCAUCCAUUUGUUGGUGGUCGAACGGCAAAUACAACAGCGGUGGCCGAUUGCUCAAAUUUGGGCCGUGCACGAAAUUCGAUCAUUGACUUUGCCAUUUUCCAACAUGAACUACGUGACAGCCGACAUGGUGAUAAAGCCAUUCGUUGUACAGACAUUCCUACUGCGAUGCGAGCAAAUUCAAAUAGGUGCGAACGUGUUAGCAAUGUUUUACCGAUAACAGCGAUCACAAAGCAACCGUUGCCGUUUUCAAAAGACUCAUCUACGGCCGGCUUACACGAUGACAUUGAUAUUCAUCCGGCAAAUGGUGAAACACCAAAUUCGAUAACAUGUCCACAAUGUAAGCGUUGUCGAUGUGAAGAGUGCCAAAGGCCGAGACAGCUACCAUCUCGUUGGGUGUGUGACAAUACAUGUUUGUGUAGUGCCGAAACGAUUAUCGAUAACACAUCAUGUAUGUGCUGUGUAAAAGCCUUGUUUUACCAUUGUUCCAAAGACCACGAAAUUGAAUGCGAAGGCGAUAGUAUAUCGUGUGCGGAUGAUCCAUGCUCAUGUCUGCCGCAUAAACGAACACAAAGAUGGGCAUGGUUAAGUGCUCUAUCGUUGGCGCUGCCAUGUUUAUGGUUUUAUUGGCCAAUGCGCGGUUGCGUUGCCAUAUGUGCAAAGUGCUAUGCUAGACAUUCACGGCAUGGAUGUCGAUGUCCUGUGCAAAAUUCAAAUAAAUCUACAGUUAAUAAUAUUAGCAGUAACAACAGUGGUAUAAAUAGCACACGAACAAUUAACCGAACUGGUGAUUUAACACCCGAAAAACGUUUGCUCGAUUCAAGUCCUGAAUUCUAAAUUAUUACAAUUAGUUAAAAUAAAAAUAAUAAAAUGAAACAAAUGAAACAAAAAAGCAUAUAAAUAAAGAAACAAAUUUUAAAGAAGAAAAAAGAAAAUGAGAAAAAAUAUAUACAGCAAAUACUAUUUUAUCGAAUGGAAAACAAGAAACACAUGAAAAGUGGAGACAAGCACAAUUUUAUCUGAAUAUAUUGAAUGAAAGAAUCAUCGAAGGGAACAAACACAACAACAACAAAUAAACAAAACACACAAAUUAAUAAAUUUACGAAAUUAAAACCAAUUCAUCUAUACAAAGUAAUAUAUAAUAUAUAAAUAAAUGAUAAAUUAUAUGCGACACUAUGCGUCUGUUCCGGGUGGCAUGUUGGCGCGUUAUUAUUUGACGUCACGAGCCGAAAUGCUUUCCAGAUAUAGGCCAAAUAUAAAUAUUAAAAAUGAAAUGGAAAAAAAUUAAUUGAAAUACAUAUAUGUAUAGCCAAAGAUGUUUUUUAAUUAUUUAAAUACAUGGCGAAAAAAACGAGGAAGGAGAAGAGUGAAAGCAGUAGCAGCCGUCACAGAAGACGAAACAAAAUAAAAUAUAGAAAAAACUAUAACGUGUGUGUAAUAUCAUUAUCGCGGUUGGAAAUAUAUAAAUGACACAGAAAAAAAGAUACAAACUGAAUGAAGUGAAAAUGGAAUACUAGUUAAAAUACAUCAGCUUGAUUGAAAUCGCGAUCAAACGACGACCGCAUGGAUAUAUAACUAAUUAGUUAAAUGUUUGCAUCGUUUUUUAAAAUGUCAAAUCAAAAUCAUAGGCCGAUGAAAAUUUGUUUUAAUUGCUGCAUUAAAAUGGAAAUUUACAAUAACUUCAAUUCCAAACGACUAGCGAAAAGGUAAAACAAAAAAUAUUUAAAACAACACAACGCUCUACAUUUCAAAGGCGAAAACAAUAUGCACAUUUUCCAAUGGAAAUCACCUUUUUCUCCAAUUCUCCACGUCAAAAGAGACUAACACCCAUUCCUGCUAUUCGGCGACACAAUUUCAAUAAUAUUUUCUUUAAAUUAAUCCGAUCAAUUGCAUUUUCGCAAAGUGAUCGUUUAUUUGAAUACGAAAAUAAUUCUUUCGAAAUUGUUUGAAAUUCCGACACACUUUAUUCCAUAAUCAAUCAAAAACAAAACAAAUUGUACCAAUAUUUAAUUUAGCGAAUCUCUAUCAUAUAUUGUAUUUCAUUGAAAUGAUCACCUCUUUUAUUUGCCGUGUCUUGAUUAAAUUUCGGUGUAUUUGAUUAGAUUGAAGCAUCAAGUAUCUGCAUGUUAUACAUAGCAGACACUGUCAGCUUUCAUGAAUUGGAAACGAGUAAGGAAGAUACAGAAGAGAAAUGAUUGAAUUGUAAAAUUAAAAUAAUACACAAAUGAUGUACAUAAUUCAUCGAAUUUUUCUAUUCUUUUUUGAUGUUUUUUUGUUUGCGAUUUCUAUGUUGUGUUUUUACACACUCUUCUUUUUUCUUACUCCUCCCAAUUCAGCCGCUGGUAGUUCCUGGUAAUUAUCGAUCAAUACAUUCUUUCAAUCAGUAAUCCCUUUAAUUUAUUCCCAUUUAUUUACGCUUCGCAUUUUAUAGAGUUGUUUACACUGAAAAGAGUCAAUACAUUUUUACUUUUUUCUCUGCCAUUUAGUUCAUUGCCUUAUACCAACACUAUUGCGGUAAUGGACAGGAAGUAAAAUUGAUUGUUUUGAGAAAACGCAUUUUUUAGUGCCGUUCACACAAAAAAGCUUCUGCUUUUUUGUUCAUUAACGACAAAAAAGAUAUGUUUCUAACAGAAAAGUUUUGUUGUUUUAAAAUAUUUGCUUGUCGAAUUUUCCACAUGAUUCAAUCCGCAAACACAUCGAAAUUAAAAUUUUAAAAAAAUGUCAAAAAACUUAAAAUUCAAAGCCAAGAAAACGAAAAUAAUUCGAAAGAAUUGCGAGUAAAUGAAUAAAAAUAAAUCACGAAAAAAAUGAAUGAUAUUUCAUCAGUAUUAUCUAGUCUCAUAAAAACUCAUUCACAUAUGAUUGAACAUUGAACACAAAUUUAUUAUUUAAACGACCAUACAAUUUAGGCCAUUUCCCAUAUCUGAAUUUAAAAAAAUGGUAUUUAUCAAUUUAAUGUACAAACAUUUCUGUGUAAAUUGUUGGCAUUCAAACGGCCCAUCGAUUGACAGCGUCACUUCACGAAGCAAAAAGAAUGGUUAUGAUGUCGAUAAAAUAUCGAUACUGAACCACCGUUGCUCUUGGACUUCUUUGUUAUUCGCGUACGUAGGUUUUUCCAUGUUUCACGCGUGGUAAAAGUUCGACCAACCAUUAGAUAGAACACAUCAUUGCACAUUUUGAUUGAUUUAAUUUGAAAAUCCGGCAUUGAAAUGACAACCAUAUUUUUGAUAUUAGAAAAUUAUAAAAAAAAGUGUUGUCAUUAUACUUUUUUGCUCUAUCCAAGAAACGACAACAUAACAAAACUCGAGCCGAGCAAUCGAUUCAAGACCAGUUUUGAUAGCUAGUAAUCCAUCUUAAUUAUAAUACGCUUCCUUUUCUUGUUGUUUUUUCGUUUUGUAUUUGUAAAAAAUUGUGGCAACGAAAAUGAUAUGGAAAAAUUCAAAACUGAAUACGACUAUAAGAAUCAAUCAAGCAGUUAGCAAGAAAUAUUUCAAAAACCAUCCAUUUAGAAGAAUGGGCUUAUGUGAUUCUAUGCUGAAUACAAUGCUAUCGAAUGGUUCUAAUUUACCGAACAGAACUUUUUGCCUCGCGAUCAUGUAUUUGAAUGCCACCAAUUCACAUAGAAUUUUUUGUACAUUGAAUUGAUAAAUACCAUUUUUUUUAUUUGCAGAUAUGAGAUACACCCUAUUGUACAUUUUUUGUAAACAAAAAUUUCAUUUAAAGUGUGUGUGUGUGUCUGUCUGUAAACGACCAUACAUACUCUGAGUAAAUUUGUAUGAGGAUGUGUAUUUGCUAUUUGUUUCUUUCAGUACAUAGCUAAAAAAAAAUUAAAAAGAAGAAAACAAAGGAAAUAGCACACAAACAAAAAGCAAAGCAUCAAGAAGUUAAUAAAUAAACAGGAAAGAAAAAAAUGAAAUCGAAACUGUAAAUCUUAAUUUAAGAUUCUACUUGUUUAACGUUCUUUUUUUAAUGAAACAAAAAUGAAAAAUCAAUUUAGCCACCAACAAAGACUAGAUUUCUUUGAGACACAAUAAUUUUGUAAAAAAGGCGGAAAAAUCGCAUUAUGCUUAUCAAUCCAAAACAAGUACAUCAAAAACCUGUUCAAACACUCACGCAGCCACACACACACACACACAUUUGAUUUAUUGCUCCUUCUUUUUUUACUUUUUUUUUGUUGUUCGAUCAAACGAACUUAUGGAGAUAGCUUUCAAAUUUGAGACUCUAUUUCACUAAAAAAAAUUACGUCUACCAACAGCCAACACAAAAUCUGUUUCUAUUUUUCUUUCUCUAUCUCUCAUUUUUUUCCUCUCGUUCAUAAAGUUUUGAGCGACCGAAAACCUCUUUCCGGUUUGAGUUUCUAAAUUAUUUUGUCCCAUUUUUGUGUUGAUCUCUCAAGAGAUUCUCAAAUGUAAGAGAGCCCAAAACGAACUUAACAGAUAGAAAUAUUCACAGAACCAUCAAAGCAUGUUAAAAACGAUUUACGAAAAAAA